AUGUCUAGUUUGCUACGUUCGUAUGAUAUAAUUUGGUCUCCCCACGAAGGGACAAACCAGUUUAUAAUCGGAUCAAAUAAUGAUUUACGAUUAUAUGAAUUAAUUUCACCAAAGAGGUUGGAUGGUAAAGCCGUCGUGAAAACAGUAACUGUGUACACAGAUUCCUCGUGGGCGAAGGAUUCUUUGUCGAUGAAGUGUUUUGCAUGGUCACCUGAUCCUAGUUAUCAAAGUCUGAUCGCGAUUGGUUCUAUUGGUUCUCAAACCGGAAAAAUAGUUUUGGUGAAUCUUACAGAAGGAGAAACUGAGGAUGCACCAUCAAAUGAUUCUACCGCACUAUCUGAUGUAUUUCCAGUGUAUCUGCCGCAACCAUAUGUCAACCUCAAUCUUAAAAAUCCAAAAUGCAGUGCCUUAUCCUUCUCGCCAGAAGAACCGCGUCUCCUAGCGACUGGAUUAGAAAGGAUGAAAAAUGAAUAUUGCUUGUUGAUUUGGGAUGUUGAACAACCAAGGACUGGAAGUAUUAGUGUACGCAGUGAUCGAAGUAUACAUAAUGAAAUUGGAUAUGAUAGCUAUUCAUCGUUUCCAAUGGAGCCAUCUAGAUCAGGUUUAUCAGUAUAUGAAACAUCGUAUUCUUCACGUCCUGUACCUACAUCCAGCCACAUACGAGGUGAUGAAAUAAAGCCCACUUAUCAAUAUGGCCCAGGUGAAUUCGUCAAUUCAUGUUCUUGGUUCCCAUCAAAUAGAAGGCUAGUAGCUGGAAUAUCGUCGAGAUAUUUAAGAAUUUAUGAUUUAAGAAAGGACACUUAUGCACAAUAUUUAAACACUAAAUCUGUUCAUGGGGUAAAUGUGGACCCAUUCAAUGAAAAUCGAAUUGCCAGCUUUGAAGAGAGCUACAUCCAUUUAUGGGAUUUACGCAAAUUUACGGAAGCAAUAUCCUUUAUUUUCCCGCGUUCUGGCAUAUUGGCAUCUUUAGAUAAAGAUUCAUACCAUUUAACGUUGUAUGAUAUUCAAGAAAGUACAUUUAAAUUACGACAUUCCUCAACAAUAGAUCGAAAUUCACCUUUGGAAAAUUUUGAUUCUCAUCCAAAUUUAACCGAUGGAGGUAAUAGUACUCCCAUGAAUGAGAAAAGUAGUAUGCUUAGUGCUUAUGCCGCAGUCUCAAACAAGACAGACGAAGAAUUUGAUACGCCAGUUUUAUGGAAAUCUAGAAAACCACGCCGACUUUCAAAGAGUAUUUCUUCCUUUUCAUGGAUACCGACUUUUUCAACACCAACUUCACAUAGAUUAAUAUCAGUCAACAAGGACGGUGUGUACAAUUUUGUGACGUUGGAAGAAGCCCCUCAAUUUUGUUGGAGUCCUGUAGGAAACAUGGUUGUAUUUUAUCCUAAAGGCUUCAGAACAUUUGACAUAGAUGAAAUUCAUGGGUCCGUAGAAGAGUCUAACCAUAAACGUAGCGAUUCACAUAGCAUGAAAAUUCAAGGGCAUUCAAGCGAUGGAGGAGUUGGGCAUAAACAUCACGUUUAUUUGGAUCUCAAACAGGAUCAUGAUUAUGAUAGUGGUAAUAGAACUCCUCGCCCUGGUGACAUUAACAAUCCCAAAGAUGUUCAUAGGCAAUUAAAAGAAUUAAGAGGAAUUCUGAACCAGCAGCAUAGACCUUCGGAAGGUUUAUUAACCUCAAUAAGCGGUGAUAGUGACCAUGGUCUAUCACCACCGUUGAAACUGAUACGAGAAGAUAUUUCAGUUGUUAUGCGUAAAAGGGCUAAACGAGGUUAUUCUAUGCUUUGUACAGCAAAUGAAGAGCUUGUAAAAGAUUCACCAAAACUGAAGUCAUUAUGGAAUUGGAUAGCCCAAGCAGAGCUACUUUCUGAGGAGGGAAAGGCUUCCAUCGGAAAUGUAGAUUUUAGUUUUCAAGGAGUUUAUUCCAUAUGGACGGCUUCAUUGUCAAGCGGUAAAAAACAAUCACCGAUGCCAACACCUAAAACAUCAUCUCCAAGAUUCACACCUGAGAAAGUCGACCAAGGUAGCGUUGAUGAUAAUGAAAUUCCUAUUGUCACGACAUCAAAGUUAUCGCAACGAAAGUUAGCAUUGGCAAUGUGUGGCUGGGAUUUUGGAAAGAAAGAAUUAGAAAAUGUUAUUCGAGAAUUGGAAAAUUCAAAUAAUUAUGAAAAAGCAGCGGGGAUCGCAUUGUUCCAUGGUAAUACCGAAAGAGCUAUAACUGCAUUAAAUAAUAGUAAAGUUGAGCGUUUGAAAUUGAUAUCAGCUGCGUUAGCUAGUUAUGCCUUUAAUGGUCAUGGUCAAUCAAAUCAAAAAAAUGUGCUAUUGCGUGAAAUGUGCAAUGAAUUAAGUAAUGAUUUACGCGAACCUUACUUAAGAGUAAUUUUUUCGUAUAUUGCGUCUGGUAAUUGGCUCAAUGUAUUGCAACAACAAAAAGAACUUGCAUUGCUCGAUAGAGUUGGUAUUGCAUUGAGGUUCUUGGAUGACAAUGAACUCUCUACAUAUUUAUGUGAUGCUACUAGCAGGGUUAAAGCUGACGGCGAUAUCGAGGGAAUAAUUUUAACUGGCUUGACAUCUGAUGGCGUGACAUUAUUUGAGAAGUAUGUAGAUAACACGGGCGAUGUUCAGACGGCAAGUUUAGCAAUAAGUUUCUGCGUUCCACGGAAAUUUAAAGAUGACAGAGUUGCGGACUGGAUCGAGAGUUAUCGUUUAUUAUUGGACAAAUGGCAAAUGUUUCGUUCCCGUGCAUUAUUUGAUAUUGCACGCGGUAAGCAUAUGGGCUCUUCAACUUCCUCAGCCGCCGAAAAUAUACCACCUCAAGUAUACGUCCGAUGUAAUUUCUGUAGUCAAAGCAUUGCUCAUAACCUAUGUAUACCUGGAAAGAAUAAUAGACGGGUUACCUUAUCUGCUUCAUAUAAUGUGUCACCAAUACUACCAAAGCAAAAGACUACAUGCUGUCCUGUUUGUCAUAAAUCUUUACCUCGAUGUUCUAUAUGUUUAUUAAAUCUUGGAACACCAACAGACCAAUUAAGAGAAGUAAUGGCAAAAAAUGGGUUAACUAAUGAUAUUAAAGGAUCUUCUGGGUUUGAUCUUUGGUUUACAUGGUGUCAAUCAUGUAGGCAUGGGGGUCAUGCAUUACAUAUGACUCAAUGGUUUGAAAAACACAAAGUUUGUCCUGUUAGCGAAUGUCCUUGUGAAUGUCCUCGUGAAAUGUAA